AUGUCUACCAUGAGCUCGUUUUGGUCCUCCUUUGGCCUUGGAUCCAGGGAUUCCGUUUCAAAGUCAGACAAGGCCAAGGCGGCCCUGGAAGCUGACCUUAAAUACCUCUACUCCUCCUUCACCAAGAUCCCCUGCCUGAGGCUGGCUCCUGAUCACAGAGCCAGGCUGAUCAGCGGCUACGAGGAGUUUCCGUUUGAUACCGCUGUACCCUUGCAUUCCUUUAAGAACCUGAGUGCCCUGGAGAUCAUCGAUGUAGACUUUCGGUCCUUCUUUGGCUGGGACCGCCUGGCCGAGCAGCUGAGGUCCCUGACUCUUAAGCGUGCCCAUCUCGAGGAUAUUGGUGACUUGCUGACUGGCAUCGUACUAGAUGACAUCGACAAGCGCAGACGGAGGUCCUCUAAGUCCCAGCCGUCGCCCGUGCUCGGAUGGCCGUCCAACGGCAGCUCAGCCGUCGCCCCAGAGCUCGGAAAGUCCAUCUCUGCUCCAGGAUCCCCCGUCGCAGAAACUGUGUUUGGUACCAGUGCCAGCCCCAAAGGUAGCUCUGCCAUGCUGAGGGGUGACUCCUCGGAUGGUGUAAGGAGGAAGCAUGGCCGUGCCGAAAGCAUCUCCCCCAGCCGGCCCACGAGCUCCAACAAGCCAGGAUCCAGCCACCGUCAUAGUCAUCAUCAUAUUCACCAUCACCCUCGAGGCCACUCCUCGAAAAUGAAGAGGUCUGGUUCUGGUAGUUCGGAAUCUAGCGAGUCUUCAUCGACCGCCUGUCGUGAUCGUGGUAUCUCUAAUAUGAUGACAGGUGGAAACACCCAAUUGAGUUCUCUCAAAUGGCGCUUCCUUAGACAUCUCAACCUGACAGAUAACUCCUUAACCAGCGUUAGUGUAGCUAGCCUCGCGCCAGUAGCAAAUACCUUGCACUCGUUAGAACUAUCGUGGAAUCUCUUUACCGAGGUUCCCGACAGCCUUGCCUCCCUGGUGGCUCUGAGGUCCCUAAAUCUAUCCCACUGUAUGAUAGAUUCUCUACACUCUCUGUCAAGAAGCCCCUUGCCUGCCAUCACCUCUCUGAACCUUCGUGGGAACAGACUCCGCUCGAUUGCCGGUGUUGAACGCCUGCUCUCGCUGGAACGCCUCGAUCUGAGAGACAAUGCCAUCACGGACCCUGUGGAGAUUGCCCGCCUGACUGCCAUUCCUUAUAUUCGUGAAAUCUGGAUCUCCGGGAACCCAUUUACCAAAUCGCAUGCUGGACAUCGGGUCACCAUCUUCAACCUGUUCCGCCAGACUCCCGGAUACCCUGAGGACAUCUUCAUCGAUAACACUGGCCCUUCAUACUCCGAGAGGAAGCAACUCGUGGAACGAGCCGCUGAGCCCGAAGCCGCGCCUGUCAUUCGAAAGGAGGCCGCUGGCCCACAGGCCGACGCCAGCACCGCCGCUGUUGACCAACAGCUGCCCGCUCCAGAGACCCAUGUCGUAAAGCCUCGUGUCUCGGCUGCGGAAGUGGCAUCACCUCGACGAAAGAAGCACCAUAAGAAGCGGGUUAUCGACCUCACCAACGAUGCCAACACACCCACACCUGUUGCGACAGAGAACGAGUUCCCCGACGGCCCUGCAGUGCCUGACUCAUCCGUUGACCAGCCAAAGCCCAAGCCCAAAGAUACUGAUAGACAACCUGUGCGUGAACAACAGCAGUGGGUGUCUCCAACUACCGCUACCACAAUAGCUGCACACACGGCAUCCAUGGAGUCUCCAAAGACAACUACAGCCACCACCGACGUCGACCCGCCAAAGAACAGAACUCUUCUCCCUGCCAUCGACAACAUCGACUGGGACGUCAGCGGUGACAUUUACCGCCAACGUCUUGAGGCACUGAAGCACGAGGUCGGCACAAACUGGCUAACGGUCCUUGGCGACGAUAACUGGGCCAACAACGCAAAGAAUAUCAACCUGCAUUCUCAGGGAGCUGAUUACCAUUCUACGGCUGCCCCCAUCCGGCCUCCACCCCCGAUCGCUCGAACAAGCAGCCAGAUCAUCGCAACUGGUGGUCGGGCACUUGGAUGA